GCCGAACCUCCAGCACUGCGACUGUGUGAAAAACUAUCGGCUUACUUUGUGUAGGCAUAUCGAUAGAAUUUUUUUGGUUUGCGAACUUGGUCACACUGCAAAUUAACAAAACCAAAGCAAACGCAAUUCGUUUUCCUCAUUAAUCAUCAAAUAUUCAUUCAGUGCAGUUGCAGUUGCAGCUGGAGUGUUAAAAGAGCAAGUAAAAGUUAAAUUAGCCCAAUAAUAUACACAAGUGCUAAUAGCACACACCUACAAAACAAGAUGCGUAACGCAGGCCUUUUGGCCAUUUUGGCUGUGUUUGUUUUUGGCGUUUGCGUCUCGUCGACGCCAAUUGCUGAGCAGCCGCUGCUUGGUGCCAGUAAAUGCACCUGGGGCCCCUCCUACUGGUGUGACAAUCUUAGCAAUGCAAAGGACUGCAAGGCUACCCGUCAUUGCAUUCAGACCGUGUGGGAAAAACGAAUAGUGCCCGUUGACACCGAUUCCAUUUGUCAGAUAUGCAAGGAUAUGGUAACACAGGCGCGCGAUCAGCUGCGCAGCAAUGAAACCGAGGAGGAGAUUAAAGAGGUUUUUGAGGGCUCUUGCAACCUGAUACCCAUCAAGCUAGUGCGAAAGGAGUGCAUUACCCUGGCUGACAACUUUAUUCCCGAUCUAGUCGAGGCGUUGUCCUCGCAGAUGAAUCCCGAUCAAGUUUGCUCUGUAGCUGGUUUAUGCAACAGCGCUCGCAUCGAUGACUUGCUGCAUAACGCAUAUCAGGCAGCUCUGGACGGCUCGCUUAAGGAAGAGCAAGUAGUGGUCGAUAAUAAUGAUAACAAAAAGGUGGUCAACAAGGAGACCGACUUGACACAGCUCUCCUGUGGAAAUUGCAAUCUGCUCACUCGCAAGAUGCAGAGCAACUUCGAGUCUUCCAAUCGCGACAACAUGGUGGAGCAACUGCUGCACUGGUGCGGCACCAUGUCCAGUUUCUCCGAUGGCUGCGCCAACUUGGUACUGACCUAUUUCAAUGAUAUGUACGAGCAUGUUCAGCAGCAUUUAAAAACAAAUGGUCUGUGCCAUUUGUCUGGCGUGUGUGCGGCCCGUUACCAUCAACACGAGGAUGAUGUGAAGGAACCGGAAGCACUGACUACUCUGGAGGGCGUUGACGACGAUAUUCCCUGUGCGCUGUGCGAGCAGCUCGUAAAACAUUUGCGUGAUGUACUUGUAGCAAACACCACAGAGACGGAAUUUAAGCAGGUUCUUGAGGGCUUCUGCAAACAGUCGCGUGGCUUCAAGGAUGAGUGCAUAAGUAUUGUCGAUCAGUACUAUCAUGUCAUCUACAGUACAUUAGUCAAUAAUCUGGAUGCCAAUGGCACUUGUUUCCUCAUUGGAGUUUGCCCCAAGGGCCUGGAUCUGACCCAUGAUGCGCCCAUUAUGCCGUUGCUGCCAGCUAUUGCACCCGCCGAGGUGCACGUCACUAUCAAGAAGUUGGGCGCCAACGAGCCCAAAUUUAGCCAGAAAGAAAUUAUGGACAUGCAGCUGCCGAUUGAUCAUUUGAUGGGUGCCGCCAAUCCUGGCUUGCUUGUGCAGGGUGGUGAAAUGUGCACCAUCUGCGAGUAUUUGUUGCAUUUUAUACAGGAAACCCUGGCCACGCCUGCUACCGACGACGAAAUUAAGCAUACUGUCGAAAACAUUUGCACUAAGCUACCACACGGAGUGGCCGGUCAAUGCCGCAAUUUUGUGGAAAUGUACGGCGAUGCGGUCAUUGCACUGCUUAUCCAGGGUCUGAAUCCGCGCAGCGUGUGUCCCAUGAUGCAGAUGUGUCCACGCAACGUUGAAAAUCAUGAUGAUAUCGAGGUAUUCCACCCACAAACGGUAUCCAGUGAUCAACAGGACAAGCCAACAUGCCCACUUUGUUUGUUUGCCGUUGAGCAGGCUCAGAUAAAGAUACGCGACAACAAGUCCAAGGAUAAUAUCAAAAAGGUUCUUGACGGCCUCUGCACGCAUCUACCCAACAAACUGCGUGACGAGUGCGUGGACUUUGUAGACACCUACUCCAAUGAGCUUAUUGACAUGCUUAUCACUGACUUCAAGCCAGAAGAGAUUUGUGUACAGCUGAAAUUGUGUCCCAAGACCAAGGACUAUUUGGACGAAAUGGGCAUCAGCCUUUUAGAUAGCGUAGAAACCGAUAAGUCGUCCAAUAGCAACAGUGAGGAUAUGGAUGCUAAUGAAAUCGACUCCAGCAACGAGAUGCCCAUACAGAUUACUUUUGACAAGGACUUCGGCGUUGCACCGAAUUGUUUGCUUUGCGAAGAGGUGGUCAAAACAGUGGAGAAGAGAAUCGGAAAGCACGCUACCAAGUCAGAAAUUAAAGAUGCCCUAGAGCACUCCUGCGAUAAGUUUAAAAAACCAUUGGCCACCAAGUGUCAUAAAUUCAUUGACAAGCACGGUGAUCAGAUUGCCGACCUCCUACUGAGGGAGAUGGAACCCAAAAUUAUUUGCACUGAGAUUGGCAUGUGUUUGGGCGGUGAGCAGGAGGAUCUUGAAAUCGAUGAGGCCUUGAAAUACGAUGUAAUUGUGAUGCCCAAGCACCAGGUCGAUAGGCUGUCGCGUUUGGAGUCAACUAAGGUUGAUGAACCGCCCACCUGUGUACUGUGUGAAUUUGUAAUGACGAAACUGGAAACGGAGUUACGGAACAAAACGGAACAGGACGAAAUCAAGAAAGCCAUUCGCGUAGUUUGUGAACGACUGCCUAGCACCAUACGCAAGCAAUGUGACACCUUUGUCGAUGGCUACGCCUCGGCCAUUAUUAGUCUGUUGAGCAAGGUGCCACCGAAAGAGGUGUGCCAGAAACUGCAGCUCUGCUUUAGCCAAGCCGUCACCGACGAUGUGAUUGAGUGUGGUGUUUGUCAUGGCGUUGCACAAUCCCUGUUUCCCUUCUUCCGUUCACAGAAGGAUCAUGAUAAAAUGACCACACAGGACAUGAUCUCACAAGCCUGCGAGGACUUGCCAGCCAAGUACUACAGCAUUUGCUCCCAAAUGAUCACCAUUUAUGGCUACAGCAUUAUGAAUCUGUCCGAGAGUCCUUAUGUCGAUUCGUCGCACGUCUGUGCUGAGAUAGGCAAAUGCUUCGACAACGAGAAGUCCGCAUUGGCCUUUGCCAGAAUUUCAGCUUAAAAUGUUGUAAACGCAACGGCCUUGUGAUGUGUCGCAAAGAAGCGCCACGAUUUAUAUAAAUAUAUAUUAUAUCUUUACUUAUUUGCUUACAUGUUUUAAUCCAUUGUGACUGUAAAUGAUCUGAAAUUACUUACUCUUCUCCAAAUUUAUAAUUUUUUUUUCACAUUUUCAAUUACUUUACAUUGCGCUUAAGUCGAGAAAGAAAUUGUAGGUGAUAGUUAAAAAGAGAAUGCGAGAAUUGUAAUCGAUUGAUUUUAGCAAGGAAAUGCGAACGGGCUUAAAUUAAAUAAAAAUUGUAAUUGUAAACACG